AUGAUGAUGAUGAACUCCUCUCAGGUUUCCUCCUUCACUCUCUCUGGCUACACUGACACCGGCCUCUUCAGAUUCCCGCUGUUCCUGGUCGUCCUGCUGCUGUACGUCCUGAUCGUGGCGGCGAACGUGGCUGUGAUGCUGCUGAUCUGUGUGAACAGGAGCUUACAUGAGCCCAUGUACAUGUUCCUGUGCAGCCUGUUUGUGAAUGAGCUGUAUGGCAGCACAGGCUUGUUCCCGUUCCUCCUGGUCCAGAUCCUCUCAGACCUCCACACGGUUUCUGCUCCGCUCUGUUUCCUGCAGAUCUUCUGUGUUUAUUCCUAUGCUUGUGUAGAGUUUUUGAGCCUGGUGGUCAUGUCGUACGACCGAUACCUGGCUAUCUGCUUCCCUCUGCAGUACCACACCUGUAUGACGCCUCAGAGAGUGGCCCUGCUCAUCGCCGGGUCCUGGUUGUUCCCUUUUGUUGCGAUUGUGGUUCUGAUUUCUCUGAGUGCUCCUCUGCAGCUGUGUGGAAACAUCAUCAACAACGUUUUGUGUGGGAACUACUCUGUGGUGAAGCUGGCGUGCUACGACACCAGCAUCAACAACAUCUACGGACUCAUCUACACCAUGCUCUCCGUGGUCCUGCCCCUCUUUUUAAUCCUCUACACCUACGUGAAGAUCCUGCGGGUCUGUUUCUCCGGCUCUAAGCAGACCCGGCAGAAAGCCAUCAGCACCUGUUCGCCUCACCUGGCCUCCAUCUUGAACUUUUCGUUCGGCUGCUGUUUCCAGAUCAUUCAGAGCAGGUUUGAUAUGAGCGCCGUUCCCAGUGUGUUGAGCAUCCUGCUGUCGCUGUACUUCCUGUCCUGCCAGCCGCUCUUCACCCCGUUAAUCUACGGCCUCAACACCACCAGAAUACGAGCGGCAUGGAGACGGCUGUUCCGCCCUGAACGCCGUUAAAUGUGGACGCUGUCUCCGCUACGCCUCCUGGCAUCUUAGAAUACAACAGGAUGUCUUUAUUGUCACUGCAACAACUACAGUGAAAUAAUAAGAUGCAGAGCUCCUAAGUGCCAUUUAAAAGUAUAACAGAAACUCACAAAAAUAACAAGUAUGGAAGCACUGAAAGACAAAGACUGAACUGUAAAAAUGUACAUAUGUGAACAGUGACUUGAUGCAAACUGUGAAACACACAUCAGGAAUUAUUCUGAGAGCGCUGAAGUAAAUACUGAUCAUGUUCAGCUCCAACUAUUAUUAUUAUUAUUAUUAUUAUUAUUAUUACUGUUAUUAUUAUUAUUAUUAUUAUUAUUAUUACUACUAUAAACCAGAGACUGAUGCAGAGCAUGGAAUACACUGAAGGAGAAAUAAAAUACUGUUCACUUCUUCUCAUGACAUGAAUGUGACAAAGUGAUUUAUAGAACAAGGAAUAAAAACAUUCAAGACAAAACGACUCCAACAAAUAAUAAUAAUAAAAAUAAAUAAAUAAUAGUAAUAGUUAUUGUUAUUAUUCAUACGCAACUAAAUUCAGUUCAGCUUCAAACUUGAGGUAAAAACUGUGGAAAAUGCUAAAUUAAAUCCAACGAUAGGAAACAAGCUACGUCUGUUGUAUUCAGUCAGAGAGUAUUUUAUUAUAAUCAUAUACAAAGGUGGAAAUACGAGUAUAUAGGCUGGUAUGUACAGUACGGGCAGUCAGUAUACUCACACAUGUAUAUGUAUAUAUUCAAAACAAAGUACAAAUAUAUGUCCCUGUAAAUAUGUACAUGUACACGUCUGUAUAUAAUAUAAUAAUAAUGUCAUAUAUCUGAUACCUUCCACCAUGUAUUGCCUCUGGUAUUGUGCUAUUUUAUUUUAUCAUAUGCAGCUGUAACUGAACAGUUGAAAUAAAGUACGUCUGUG